ACAACAUGGACGCUAUGAGGUUGCUUGUCUUCAUGACAGUAUUGGCAUUGAGUAAUUCUGCCAACCGAGUGCUGGAAUUAAGCGAUCGUUUUCUGGAGCUGCGAGGCGAUUCGUCAUGGCUUAUCAUGUUUUAUGCUCCAUGGUGUGGACACUGCAAGAAGUUAGAUCCCGUGUGGAACCAUGUUGCACAUGCACUCUAUGGCACAGAAAUUCGUGUUGGGCGUGUUGAUUGCACGCGUUUCACAGCAGUGGCAACAGAAUUUAGUAUCAAGGGUUUCCCCACCAUUAUGUAUCUCAAAGGGGACACAAAACACACCUACAGUGGUGACCGAGCCAAAGAAGACAUAGUUGGAUAUGCCGUCCGAAUGGCUGCUCCUCCAAUUCAGCAUAUAGCAUCUUUCCAUCACUUAAAAGAAAUCAUUGCGCAGGAAGAUCUGUUCUUCGUGUAUGCAGGGGAGAAGGAAGGUGCAUUAUGGGAUGCCUAUUCCGAAUUAGCAAAUAUAUAUAGACCCUUCAACUACUUCUACUCAAUUGAUGCUGGUUGUAUGACAGAGCAUACUGAGUUGGAGUACAACCCUGGUAUUCUAGUCUUCAAAGAUGGCCUAAACUAUUUCUUCCCAGUACCUGAGGAGAGCGAAAUAGCGGAGAAUCUAACUGUUGUCAACACAUCCCUGGCUGACUGGAUUAAUCAUGAACGUUUUCCAUUAUUUACGAAAAUCACACAUGGCAAUCUGCACCAACUGUGGAAGAUCAACAAAUUUCUUGCAAUCACAGUUGUCAAGGAAAGUAAGAUUGGAACAAUUACCACGGAUGAGGAUGCGGAAGACUAUGUUGAUGGGUACAAAUUCAAGGAUAUGGUGGAAUCUGUUAUCAAGAACAAUCGAGAAAAGUAUCACAAGCAUUACCAGUUUGGUUGGACCGGAACUCCAGAUCUAGCAAACAGUAUUGCCAUGGAAAGGCUCCAGCUGCCGUCGCUUCUUGUUGUAAACUCGUCCACCAUGCAUCACCACCUCCCCGAGGACCCUCCGCACCAUCUAACUCCAGCUGCCAUUGAAAUGUUCCUCGACUCUGUCAUAGCUGAGACUGCUCCGACCUACGGUGGAGAUACAUGGCCUGUGAGAUUCUACCGCAUCUAUUAUAAUGCAAGGACUUCAUUAGAGGAGAUGUGGCAGGGUAAUCCAGUCCUGACAGCCGUGCUCUUUGGCCUGCCCCUUGGCUUCCUGUCUCUGAUUUGCUACUCCAUCUGGUGCUCUGAUAUUAUGGAUGCAGACGAGGAGGAAGAAGAGCCUCAGCAUGAAAAGAAGGACUGAUCGAGGUUACGUUAUGGAACAAACAUCAAUGUGUGUUUCUGGGAAUAUCUCCAGAUUGCAGCCUGUCUUAGUCCAAACAUAUUUAAUGACCUGAACAAAUAUUAUUAAGAAGAGAGUAAAGAAAGAGUUGUAUUUUACUUAGUGUUAUGGAAUUUUUGAAAAUUCUCAAAGUCACCCAGUUAGAGAUACUCAAAAUCUCAAACAACAAAUGAUUGUUGUUGCUUGUGCCAUAUUGCUUUUGUUGAUUUUGGAAAAUUUUCAGCAUAGGGCAAUUAAAUGUGCAUUUUUUCCAGUAAACUUGAUGAUCGUAAUGAAAGUAGUUUAAGGCCUAUAAGUUAUAUAUGUUUGUGCAUGCAUAUUUGGACCUUGGCUUUUGAAAAAGGAAAGUCUUGUAUCAGACUCUUACUUUUUUAGAGUUUGAUUUGUACAGUAUUGAUAUGUGCAAUUUAUUGUUGGAAAUGCUGCAUUCCCAUUUGAAUACGUGCUUUGUGAUACUUAUUUAUUUUAAAGACUGAUACUUUGUUAUGUAAACUUGUGUAGGGUAAUUUCCACCAGUUUGUAAUCUACUAGUAUGUUAUUUUUUUAAGACUUAAGAUUUUAUUUUCUAGCUGUAAUAAUAUGUUUCCCAUUCAAAAUAUUCGGACAUGUUCUAAAAAGUGAAUUAUAAUUCAUGUAAUGUCAUUUUAUAAUGGUGCCUCUAGUGUGAUGAAAAUGUUACAAAAUUUUGAUCUCAUUUCUGGUUCUCAUUUUUAGAUUGUAUUAAAAUCUCAUUCACAUCAAAAUAAAGGGACGUGUGAGGUGAGGAUGAUAUGAGACAGAUUGAAAGGGGUUUCUAAAAAUCUGUAUUAAAAGAUUGCAUGUUUAUUUAUAUUAUAAACCCUGAAGAUUCUAUUUAUUAUAUAUUAUCUUAUGAUACAUACUAUGCUUUGUAAUCUAAGUAGCUGAUUUUCACUGAAGGACCAUAAUGUUUUUGUAACAGGAAAAGUCAGGGACUGAUUUAUACCUAUUUGUAAGCACUGGAUUACAACUGGAUUAUGAAGGUGUUCGUUUGUAUGUGAUGGAUGCACUUCGGCUUCGUUUAUGAAGUAAAUGGUUAAUUGCUAAGUUUAACAUAAUUGAGCAGCAGAUGAAAAAGUUAAAUUGCUCAGUUAUCAUGGGAAAUAAAAGUUUUAUUGGUUUAGAAUGUAAUAUGUUGCCAUCUCUGUUUACAGCUAUAUUAUAUUUUUGCUCCUAUUCCAGAUAAGUAAAUAUCUUUUUAGACUUUCAUUGAAUAUAAAAUUGUGUGCAGAAAACUAAUACCAGGAUAGUGAGACUUGUAUUGAACAGGAACUAGUCAGAAAUCCUUAUCAUAAACUUUUCUUUAUGGUAAGAAAAAUCUUACUGUGUGUAUAAUUGGUAAGAGUAGGUAUGUCACAAUCAUGUAGAUUGGUAAUUUUUUGUGAUUUGUUAAAUAUUGAUUUGAGGUUUUAAUAUAUUGAGACCAAAGCUUGUAAUCUGAAAAUAAAAGGAAUGGAAUUCAAUUUUUUUUUUUAUGUAAUUAUGACUCAAGUAAUGUCAGGCUUGUUAUAUUUCCCCAUAAAACAUACGAAUGCAUGCAUAUACACACAUGACAUAUAAACAUAUGCAUUGCCAUACACAUUUUCAUCAUUGUUGUAAAAAGCAAGAUGGGCAUUACAAGGUCGGAACUGGAACAGCCUGAUUAGAUUUAGGUUUUUAUACUAAUUGUAAAGAUGAAUGAGUGUUUUGGUGAAUAUUGUUGCUCUCUGAUGCAAAAGAAGUGUCUGUGUAUUUUAACCCAAUCAUCCUGUAUGGCAAGAAUACAUGCCAUGCCCAAUGUAAUACAAGUUUAUUUAUUGUAAUUACACAUAGAUGGCUCUACAAGUGCUUAGUCACCAAGGAGUUGGUUAUUAGUCCUACAUAUCUCACCUGUUUACCCUUUUCCUUGACUUUUGGAAAGGGGCUUUGCAAUCUUUCAUUGUCUUAAAUGGGACAGAACAUAAAUCCAGGGCGAAUGGGUUAAGAUACAAUGAAGCCAGUCUUGAAAAGAAUUAUUGAAACUUUGCAUUAUUGAAUUACCCAGGCAGAUGUAAUGACGGUCUUUGCAACAGAGCUCAUGGGCAUUUUCUGUUAUGACUCCUAUUUAAACUCAAUUUGCUUCCUUGUAUUAUAUUUUACUGCAUUUGUUUGUUAUCAUUCUUGCAUGCACAUUAGUAAAAGUGGCUCAAGGGAUAAAGUAAUGAAAUGUGAGACAGGCUGUAAGAGAUAUUUUGCUUGCAUGCAUCAAAUGAUAAUCAGUCUGGAACAAAAACAGGAAAUUUCCUUACUUUUAUCAAGCUUUGAAGUUUAAAGACCUUGAAUUUUGACUAGUGUAUUGAACUCUAUGUAAACAAGAUAUCCUUCUUCAUAUUGUUAGAUGAACAAUAUUUGUGAUAUAGUUAUAUAGAAAAGAAUAAACAGCCAAUAUAUUUUUAAUAAAAUACAACAGUUGAGGAGGAAAACGUGAGUAAGUCACCCCUAUACAUAUUUGGUAUAUGUGCAUACUUAGACAUAUAAAUGUAUUUCAGUAAGAUUUAUGGAGUUGUCCUGUGCUGAAUGUUGAUGAAUAAUUGUUAAAUUCAAGCAUAGUCUACAAACCAAAUAUUGUUUUAAGAUGUAGGAUUAAGUGCUAAGCAAGAAUACAUUUCCUCCUUCACAAACAGUGCAUAGAUUUGUACACUAUUUUGUGUAAUCAGUGUAAACCAAAAUACAGGUAUAGAAAAAACAAUUGUAUUUCACAUAUCUCUAAACUCUUUUUGAAUACUCAGUACAUUUUGGUUUUGUUUUGGUAAGUUUCAAAAAGUGACAAUUGUGAUGUGCUUUUUUAUUUUAUUAAGCUGGAAGGGAGACAGUUUGUGAUUUCAGAAAUAACACUGAAGUCUUGUCAACUCCUCAGUAAGAUGUAGAAGUGUUUUUUGUUUUUUUUUCUGGUAAAGAAGUUUUGACAGUGUGUUUGUGUAACACCACACCCCUCACAAACACACAUAAAAGUAUUCUUAUUCUGUGUAAAUGUUCAUUGGGCAAUUUGCUAACUAAAACUUUUUUUUUUCCAUUCUGUUCAUUGUUAUUUAUGUUAUGAUCUUUUUUUCUCUUAAUAUUGAUAUUAGGUUUUAUGCAUAGAAGUGUAAGCCACUGAUUUGCUAGGUUUAACACAUUUCUGUAGUAUAGGUGUAGAAUGGAAAACUAGUUCUUCUUGCACAUGCAUAAGUCUUGAGUUAAUGUGGUUAUGUAUGUUGUGUAGGUUACAAAGGAAAAUGAUCACUUGACAUUCUAUUAUACCAAAAAGAUGAAAAAAAUAAAGUGUAACCAUUGA